AUGCAAAAUUACAGCAUUACUCAAGCUAAUAACAUAAAGCAAUCCAUCGUGUCCAAACUAUCAAAUGCCGGAAUCCAAAGCUUAACAAGUUCUGAGCUCUGUUUAUCCCUAUUAAGUCCUGAUUUAUCUGAAUAUCUCAAUAAAUCUACAGGUGAAAAUUGGCAAACACAAACCCGUCAAUUUAUCCCAUCAUUAUUAGACAGAAUCACCAAAGAGAGAAACGAUUACAACAAAAACAAAGUGGAAAGAUUCAAAGCAGGCAAACUUUUUUUAAAAUCUCUAGAUAACUUUUACGAGCCUGUAAAAGAAAACAAUAAUGAAACGAAUUUCAAUGAUUUUCCACUUUUGCAAAAGCUUCAAAUUAAAAUUGCCCCAAGAUCAUUAAUGGCCUGACUAGCUGAAGUCGACGAAAAUUGCAGCGAAUAUUUAACGAAAACAGAGCUUAUUAAUGGCUUUGAAAAACUUCAUAUUACUCCUCAUGAAAUGCUAGCAUUACUCAGAAUUGCUGGAUUUAGAGCUGGGAUUAAUAAGCUGCAUAUUGGAGAAUUAGUAAAAGUAUGGAAAUAUGAUAGACAGGUUAUUGAAGUAAAAGAAAGAGAUUUCCUUCGAGAUGUCUAUUGUGCUUUGACUAAAAGUGGAAGAUCUAUAAAAGAGAUAUUCAAAUUUUUAGAUGCCAACCAUGAUGGGUGCAUUAAUUUGAAUGAGAUGAAAAAAGGGUUAAGCAAGCUAAAUGUAGAUUUAUCUCCAGCAGAAUGUAAACAGAUUUUUGCAUUAAUUGAUAUCAAUCGAAGCGGAAGUAUUUCACUAUCUGAGCUUGAAAGCAGAAUGAAUAGACUUAACAUAAGUAACACAAGCAGUAUUAAAAGACAAGAAAGCAGUAUUAAAAGACAAGAAAGCAGUGUGAAAAGACAAGAAAGCAGUGUGAAAAGACAAGAAAGCAGUAUUAAAAGACAAGAAAGCAGUGUUAGGAGGCAAGAAAACGAUUUGAGAAGACGGGAUACAAGACAAAUCGAAGAAGAGAAGGCUGCUAUAACGAUUCAAAGACAUUGGAGAAGCAGAAAUGGCUAUAAGCCUUCAAACCGUUAA